CAGCUCCGCCCCCGUGCCCGAGGAGCCGCUGCUGAUCCAGUCUUCGGGGGACGAGCCGAGCUUCAUCUUCUUCAGCGCCGGCCACACGCACGUCCCCAGCGCCCUCUUCGUCGUCGCGUCCGCCCUCCUGCUGCUCUUCUACCACUAAGUCCUCGAAACGAAGACUCACGUAGCAUUUAGUGUCGUUUCGUCCGUCAGUUGCAAAAAAAAAAAUCUUUGUUGAUCGACACGACAAAGUGGAAAAUUCCCCUUUUGGUUCCUGUUGAUCCAAGUCACUUUUGUCAAAGUCAAGAAGAAGAAAAAAUCGAUGCGUGCGAGCUCUUGUAGAAUUAUGUUGAAGCUUUAAAUUUCGUCAAUUGUCCUUAAGGAACUAUCAGCUAUAUCAAAAUAUUGCUCAUUAAUUAGGGUGCGCCGUUGUCUGUGGUGCGCCUUUGCCAAAAGAAUUAGGUAUUGUAUUGUGUUCGUUCUGCGUCUGCAAGUCAGGCCUGUGAACUGGAGUAUUUAUGUUUUUUGUUCUAGAAAGUGAUGAUGUACCUACAUUUGCAUUUUGAAGUGUUCUGUAGAAGUUGCAGAUGAAAUAGAUAUAUAUAUAACGAUGACAAGUAGUAAUGAUGUCACGUUAUAAUCAUUUUAAUUUGAUAACUCAUCGUAUUUUGUGCCACGAAUGAGUGUGUCGUCAAAGGAUUUUCUAAGAUGUGUCAUAAUCUUUAAAGUGCAAAAUAAAGCGCUUCCUCUUCGUUAAAAAGAAAUCCUUGAGUCUACUGCUUUUUAUAAAUCUAGAAAAUCUUUUUUGAAUACUCAUCUUCGAUAACAUUUUUUUGUAUGUGAUUCUGCUUCUUCUCAGUCUUCGCCAUACAGCACAGUAUGGCCGUCCUAGACCACCUGUUGGCUCACGUCCGCCAAACUUUCUGCAUUAUUAUAGUGAUAAGAUUUCAACUGUAUUGAAUAAUCUAUAAUCAGUUUAUCACUCACAUAUGAUAUGUACUACUGACUGUUCUUUUUACUGCUACUUGGGUGAUGGUACAACUCUGAGGAACCUCUCAGCGUCGAAUCUUUUGUGUCUCUGUUGCCUCCGCUCCUAAUGUUGCCUCCAGGCUGACCACGUGCCCCGCCCACUCGCGAAGGGGGAAACGGAGCCGCUAGCACCGUCAGAGGGUGAAAGGGAAGCAACUUUUUUCAGAGGAUGAUCUGGUUUUCUCUUCGUCUCGCGGAAGGAUGAAGGGAUAAACGGCAUCCUGGACAUUUAGCGGCUCUGUUUUCCUGUUGUCUCCUCGGGCACUGAGCAUCCUGGUCGAGACUCGGCCGUGCCACGGAUAGUUGCCGCCGUUGGGCAUUCUGUUCUAACUAUCCUUGUCACUGGAGUCUGCCAACCGCCGGCCUCGGGCCCGCUAUAUAACGACUAACAAAGUGCUUGUACAGCUGUAUAGUAGAAUAAUUAUUGUAUAACAUUCUAAUAUAAAAUAAACUGUGAUAGUUU